GGUAGACCCGGUUUUCUCUUUCUCCAUUGGUGUCGAUGGAAUCGGGGUCAGUCGGAUGGUUAUUUAACUCUUGUCCACACUCAAGUCUUGUUCGCCCGUCUCUCUCACAAACAACGUCUAUAACCUUCGCAGAAAUGGGGUUAAGACGCCUUCCCAUAAUCUGCAUCGUUUCUCUUGCUCUGGUGAUUCUAACAGAAGGUGCUCUUCCUCGUGCCCGCCGACAGGUUCCUCAGAAUCUGGAGCACAACGCAUACCAGCCACCAUUCCUCGUGAGCACACCUGCACCAUCGAACUUCUAUCAUCCUCCAAUAUCCUUCGGGGAUCUCUCUAAAGCAGAACCUGCUGUUCCAUUGCACCUUCAACCAAACAACAACAAUCAGGCUUUUGGACUCCAUCAAGUCUCUGGAGAUUCUCACUCAAAAGCCAUAUCUUAUGUCCCAGUCCAGGCCAUAAACAAAGCCCCGGCGUCCGAGAUCCAGUCUAAGUCACCUUCACCAGCAAAAGAAAAAGACGCAGCUAAAGACGAAUAUGUGGUUUACUACUAUUACUAUUACGAUAACGACACAACGCCCAAUACUAACUUGAGUUUCGAUGAUAUUCCCUCCCUGGAAUCUUACGAUGAGGACAGAAUUGCCAAAGAAAAGAAUAAUGCUAAUUCUAAACCUAUUCAUUCCGACGCUGUAAUUGCUGGAGGUAACAGGUUGAAUUCCGAUCUUUCUGAUGUUUCGAGCUCUUCAUCUCAAGCCCGUUCAGCUUCUGGUAUUGAUAAGGAAUCUGUGAUAAGCCUAGAUAAGAGUUCUGGCGACAGUUUCGCCCCGACACAUAAGCCCAUAUCGAACGUUUAUAGGUACGGUGCGAACGAGGUGCCUAAAUAUCCAGUAGUGCCUAAUUUCAUAAUUGCCGAAACCACAACUGAGGCUAAACCUACUGAUGCUGUUACACCCAUUCCAGUGUCGUCUAUCGCACACGCUACAACUCAGAGCACUUCGUUCAAUGCCGCAUUUGCCAACGUGGGAAAUAAUGAAGAGGACGUAUCCAACAAUGUGCUGGAUUCAGCUUUAGAAUCCAAAUCAUUCGAGGAAAAUUCUGGAACAGAAGAUUCCGUAACGACUACUGUCAAACCGGAGGCGCCCACCACCAUUGAAACAACAACAAUCACGCCAACCGAAAAGUCUUCGCGUCGACGUCCACCCAUCGCCAACGGGAGAAGACGUUUUAACGCCAGUCCAUCUUCCUUUUCCUCAACAAGAACUAGAGCACCGGCAAGAGAUGCCUCAUCUAGUACUACAACCACAACAACUUCGACAUCAGCCGCACCAACUAGGAGAUCUUUCCAGGGCAGUAACAGGUCCAGGUCUCGUCCCUCCGUUGGAGGCAGCAGAGGACGCACAAGAACAACUGAAAGCAAUAACAUCGAAUCAUCAUCAUCAUCAUCAUCAGCUAGCGAAUCGACCACUGUGUCAACCACCACUGCCAGAGCCCGCUUCACUUCAGCUCCAAGAAGAUUCCAGUCGAGCCGAUCUAGAUCUCAGACUAGCUCUACUUCAACGUCUAGACCGUCAUCGUCUUCAACGUCAGCAUCGCCCGUUAGAUCAAGACCGACUAGCAGACGACCCAGUUCAAAUUUAUUAUCCAGAAGUAGGCCUGCAAGACCGGGAUUUCCCAGAUCUCGUGCACCAGAGCCGGAAGUGCCAGAAACUACGACACCGGAGGCGGAGGAAACUUCUCCAGUUGUUGUCAAAGAAGAGGUAGCGCCGGAAAAAGAGACGACAAGCGAGGAAGAGGAAGAAGAAUCGGUGGAGCCUACCACAACUGAAGCAAGCCGAUUUUCUGCAUUAUUUAAGCCUAGAAACAGAAACGCUUUAGGAAAUAGACCAAGACCAGUCGCUGGAAACAGACCAUCUCGAUCUUGAAAAACUUUAAAUGGUCUUCUUUUUUCCUACCAAGCAAGAAAUUAUACUGUCGAAAUGUUGUAGAGAAUAUUUUUGUAUGAUUGAUACUUUUGUGUAUACAGUGACGAUGUACAUAAUAUUGAUUCACUUUGUGAACGAGAGAAUAUGCGAACUGAACAUAAAAGUCAUUAGUCAGAAAUGUGAAUGUUAAAAUACGCAAACUUUACCUUAAUUUUAUAGUAGCUAGUGCUUCUUCCAUAAGCUAAUUUAUUUUAAAAUAUUUCAAUCCAUAUAUAUGGCGUCGUUUUUUUUAUUAUUAAUGUUAAGAAUUGUUUUAUAAAGCUGGUUUACAGUGUGGGAAAACUUACAAACGCAAUCAUCUCUUCCAAAUUUUCAUUCCAAAAUUUAUUCAAUAGAGUAAAUGAACAAAUAAUAAAUAAUGUGACCUAUCAAACAAAGUUUGUAGCACUUCAAAAUAGCAAUUAUAUCCGUAUCUUAUGAUGCUUCUUAGAGCAGACCUAUUCUAUAUUGGGUUUUUUUCGUGAACAUGUCAGAGCGCCACUUAAAACGAAACAAGGUAAACAAAAAAAUGCAAAAUCUUUCUGACAGUUAUUCGAAACUUUCUAAUACUUGUAUCAAGAUUUGUUGAAUUCAAGAAACGGCGUAGUUAAUGCCAGUAGGUUCUUAUUUAUGACUCAUUUCAAUCAAAAAAAGUUAUUUAACUAUAUCCGUAUAUUACUAAGUGAAACCUCUCGGGAGAGACCACUCUCCAUUCCACAGUAAAACGGUCGUUGGUUGUUCUUAGAGUCUACCUCCAUUGACUUCCAAAAUUGUUAUCGAAGUUACAUGAUUUUACGCAAAUGAUUUUAAUUUUAGUCAGUGACAUUUUCUUGAAGUGAAAACGUCAUGAAAAGAUGGAUCACUGAAUAAAAUUUAGCGUCUAUAAAAAAUGAUCUCAACUAAUAAAAUUAUGCGUAAAAACAAAUUUUCCAAUUAUGAAUGCUAAAGUUAUUUUAAAUAAAUAAAAAAUUAUGUUUUUUGUUUAAG